CAACCAGGAAAGGCGUACCCGGAAGUCUUAGCUCCGGGCGCCCAAAGACGCCAAAGAUCAUGCUCUGUCGGCUCAUCUUUAUCGGUUCCAGGCCCAUUUUUGACCAGAGCAAAGCAAAUGAGGAACUGAGUAGGAGGCAUGGAAUGGUCAUCUGCUCAAGAGCCAGGGGACUCAGAAGAGCAAGGAGGCCCGGCACAGACGGACCUAUGUGCCACUCAAUUUUCUGAAGAGAUCCUCAGGUCUUGUACUGAUGAGGUACUGAGUAGUUCUGGUUCCAUCAGUUCCUCCGGAGAACAGCAAUCCCGUUCCCACACUUCUGAGAGCCCACAAGGGAGUGAGACGCCGACGACAAGUUCAGAAGAACAAGACGAGCAGCCAGAACUUUCAGUCUUACAGAAGGAUGAAAAUAAACUGACUGAAAAGUGGAUCAACCACAUCAAGAGCAAAGAAAUUAAUUCCCAAAGAUACCAGCCCGACAGCAGACUCCCAGCAGAAACCCCUGCGGGAUCCGCCGAAGAACUGAGUGCCCUGACAUCCUUUUGUUCUGCUAAAGUAAACCUGAUCCACCAGAGAGAGGGUUCAAGAGCCAAGAAAAGCAGCAGACAGAAGAGACUGCAGCUCAGAUGGACUGCAGAGACUUCAGAGGUAGAUGCUUUCCAUUGUCCUGUUCCUGAUGAACUGUUGAGCAGAAUCUAUUUGAAGAACACGAGGGCGACUCUGGCGCAGGUAGAGGCAGUUAAGCAGCACGUUUCUUCACAAUGCCCCAGUUGUAAUAGCAAGCGGGCAGAGCUGGCUCUGUCUGACUUCCUGAAACGAAGGAAGACUCUGCUGGAGUCGCUUCUACUCCAAGAGAAAAUAGACGAACACCUUCGUACCACAGACUUUCUCACCCGUGUUGGGGAAGCACAUCGGGGCCUCCCCAGGCUUUCAGAUGAUCCCAGGAUCAUCUGGAAGCGAGUGACUGAGAAAAUUCAAACGAGAAACUCAGGCUUUGGAAAGGCAGAUUCAAAGCAGGUGUAAGAUGACUCUACUACUUCUCAACCCACUCAUGCAACUAGAUAGGAGGCGCUGACUGCUAAUGAUGAGAUAUAAUGUGCCUGACCAGGGGAUGGUGACUAUUAAUGAUUAAUGAUAAUGUGUGAUGUGCAUGCAUGUGACUGUUGUGUAUUUGAGUAAUUACCAUCUUUUGUAGAGUGACGUUAGAAACUGAUGUAAGAUUUUUUUUCUUGCUUCCUUCACGGAGAUCUAAAUAAUUCCAUCCAAUAGAUUUUUCACAUUAUGGAAGAUAAUUGGAGUAGUUACAAAACCUUUAUAACCUGGGAGAAUGAUAGAUAAUGGGUAGUUUGGAGUGGUGGUUGACAGUACAGAGAGAAAGAAGUAAACAGAUGUAAGAUAGUUAGGAAGCAUGACAAGCUGGUUUUGGUGAUGAAAUGGCUGUGGGGAUUUAAUAAAAGCUACAUGUCAAAAUGGCA